AUGGCGGCAACCCUGGAGGACAAGUCGAUCGAGCUGCUAGAAGCUCAAGCCGGGCGAUUUGGUGGGCGUGAACUGGACUCGUACCUCAUCCUGGAGACACUUCCGGCCGAGUACGACGCGCGCGUCAAGUCGAUGGAGGUGGGCGAACGGCCCACCGAGCAGUACUCGGACAUUGGCAGGCUGGACCGUCGUGCUGUCGAUGCCGCGCAAGGACAAUCGACCUUCCUGAAGCUGGCCGGGCCACAGCUGGUGCAGAUGUCCACCGGAGACGGUGCCAAGCUCGUCCGGGACGCGUUCGAACUGGCCAAGGAAAAGGCGCCGGCGAUUACUUCCUGCACGCGUCUACGCUGCAGACGCAUCUAG